CGCGCCGCUCGCCGCACCGCUCGGAGGAGUAUAGGAUGGAGCAAAGACCGAAAUAUCGAUUUUUAGGCCCCUACGCGGCGGUUCGUUCGAUGCUCGUAUCUACCCCGUACCCCCGUACGUCCUGUCCGCGCCAAGCGCCUUUCAAAACACCGACGACGCGCGCGAGCUACACCGCGCUCGUCCACGCAGCCCCGACGUUGCCGUCAGCCGUCGUUCUCUUCUCCUCGCCCUCCUUGUAAUUCGGAUUUAUCGUCGCGUAAAAUUGUGGGAUUCCGGUUGGACUGGAGUUACAAGUGGAUCAUUACCGGUGCGCCGAUGUUCUCAGAAAAGAUGGCCAUCGCCGCCUCGGAGAAUUAUCAGCUGAAAUGGCACAGCUACGGAGCGCAUCUGCACAGCUCCGUCGCGACUCUGCUCCACUCAGAAUCCUUCGCGGACGUUUUGCUGGCCACGUCCUGCGGGCGGCACGUGGCGGCCCAUCGAUUCGUCCUCGCGGCCUGCUCGUCUUACCUCAGUCACAUUUUUCAAACGUGCCAUUUCGGCGCCAACACCAACGCUCCGAUAAUCGUGGUGCUGCCUACGGAGAUAGGAUACCGCACGUUAAAAAUCCUGAUACAGUACAUGUACAGUGGCGAAGCCACUGUGACCAACGAUCAGCUGGAAGGAGUCCUCAAGGCCGGCGACAUACUACGUGUGCGUGGACUGUGGAGAUCAAAUACCGGCAGCAGCAAAAAGGAGAACAUACAAUCGAAUAAUCAGAAAAUCGAACGCGACAAGCGGGAAACGUCGCAGCUGACCGGACAAAUACAAAAGAUCAAGCUGGUACAACCGACCGCGGAGAAGGUAAUCGAGAAUGUGCAGCAGGCAGCCACGGCUUGCCAAAAUAAUGUACAGCCCACAAAGUCGGUUGAGAGGAAGAGCACCGAGAAAAUCGAGGAUAAGACCAACGAAUCUGAGACCAAGAAAGUCUCGGAGGAGAAGAAUAACGAGCAGAGUAAGAACAAGGAAAACCUCGAGACAAACGGCAAAAAGAAGAAAGCCGUUAACAGCGACGUCGAGUCGAAUAAGUCCAAGAGCGAAGGUGGCGAAAACACUGAACUAAACUUGGAGUUGUUAGUAAAGGACGAGCCGAUCGAUUGGGAAGAAACGAUUGAUCCGUCGGAAUCACUCACGAUAGACCAUGAAAUCGAUAUCAAACCAGAGAUCGUACAUAGCGCGGAUGAGGAUGGAGAUAUGGAGGAGGAAGAGUAUACCCCACUGACAUGCGAUAUGUGUAGUCAAACGUUUAACAGACCGUCGGAUUGGGUGAGACAUAUAGAGUUCACGCACGCUGACAUGACUGAAAAUCGAAGAAAGAAACGAAAGGACGAUAUAAAUGACGACAGCAAGGACUUUCCCCCUCUGAAGUGUGAUCUAUGUGGCAACAUGUAUUCCACGCCGCAAGAGUGGGUGCGUCACAUACAGACGGAACAUACGGAGGAGCAGUUGGCCUUGAUGAACAAUUCGGCGCCCCCUAAGCCGAAAAGGGUUCACAAUCACCAAAAGUUAUGCAACAUAUGUCAAAAAGAAUUCCCGAGUCACGCUUCGAUGGUCAUCCAUCAAAGAACGCAUACGGGCGAAAAGCCUUUCCUUUGCUCUUACUGUAAAAAAGGCUUCAACGUAAAGAGCAACUUGCUGAGGCAUUUAAGGACACUGCAUGACAAAUACGUACAUCCUAGCUUAUACGGAAGUAAUGGUAGCACGAACGCUUAAAGACCCUUCACAUUUCUUUCCGACUAUAUAUA